CGGAGCGGAUAGCACCGCGGCGCCCGAUCCUCCGAUGUCGAAUGCCAAUCGAAACAGAAACCCCAAUCAGUUUCGCAAUCCUCAGCACAGCCAGCAAACCGAAGCGAUUCCAACCCGAUCCCGACCGCGGAGGCCGGAAAUCCCCCGAAAUCCAAGCGCCCUCCUUUCGGUAUAAAUCCAUCUCCGCAUCGCAGUCUCUCUCGCUUCCCCUGGUCCUCAUCUAGUCAAAUCUGUCUACCCGGCUGCGCUAACCUAGGGUUUAGUCAGGCGGCCAGCAGCCAUGGAGGGGGAGAGCGCCGCCGCCCCGACGCGCCGCUGGGCGGAGAACGUGAUCGUGCUGUCCUCGGGGUGGCCGCCGCGGUCGGAGGAGGCGGCGGUGGUGGCGGGGCAGGGGCAGCACCAGCGCACGGAUGCGCCGCCGGAGAAGCUCUACUACAAGACCAGGCUCUGCGACAAGUACGAGGCCACCGGCCGCUGCGUGUACGAGGACGGCUGCACCUUCGCGCACGGCCGCGCCGAGCUGCGCCCGCCGGUCCCUCCCCACGCCCACGCCGUUUGGCGCAGGCCGCCCGACCAGGAGCACGGCGGCAGGAUCGUCUACGGCGGCGGCAAGGCGUGGCACAACUUCAGGGACAGGGGCCAUUUCGGGGAUAAGCUCGCCUUCCCCCACGCCGCCGCGCCGGCACCACCUGGUCACGCGAUUCGCAUCACCGGGGACCAGAAGCUGCUGGCGGACGAGCGGAGGAGCGCCACGCCGCCCGCGAUGCCAUCCCCAGCGCCGCGCUACACUGCUCCGGGCCCGGCCAGGGCGUUUGCGCCGGUGCCUGCCCCGGCCGCGCGUGAUCGUCUUGGCCAGAUACCCGUGGAGGGCGGUGGCAAGAAGCCCAACAGGCUGAUGCUCAUGAGCCUCCGGAAGACCAGCGGCAUCUACGGCGACUGGCCGGAGCAGUUCUGAAACCGAUUGAUCAGCCGUCACCAUGGUCGCAUACCCAUAUAUAAUUGGCAGUGCUGAUACAAAGUAACAAGAAAAGGGGGAUUCAUUUUUCUGUGAGAGUGAACAAUUUUACCAUGGUGGUAUUUACCUGUACCGUAUAAUUCCAAUUGUUAUGAUUAAUCGGAGUCAUGUUCGAUCAUCCAAAGGCCCAA